CCUAAACAGCCACGUAGUGCAGGGAGGGAACGUCUGAAAGGAUCACAGGGGACUGAAGAAUAUCUUGCACCAUCAUCCAGUCCUGCCUACUGGUUUAACCAAAGUUUGCCAACCAUGAAGUAAAAGCAGAUUGAACUAAGAGUCAGCUAAUUUACAUGGAUGCCAGAGCAGCGUCUGUAUUUAUAGAGAUAUGGAAAAUGGAGAUAUAGAAGCUGCCUCAACCGAGGCCAACUCUCACCAGCAAAACUCACAUCAAAGCAAUGAUCCAAACAGCAAUACUGUAGAAUCACUGAAGCAUGCGGAGCUGGACAGAUCACUCGUAACAGAGAAAAUCCCUAAUGGCCAUGUCAAAGCAGAGCUGUUGCCAAACGGAGAGGCCAUGGUGGAGUGUCAGGAAACUGGUGGAGACAGCACCCCACCUCUGGCAACUCCUUUCCUGGGCAGCCGCCUUACCGAAUCUUCCUUGAGUGCAGAGCUGGAUCCAGGUGUGGCCUCUUUCCCUGACAGCCUAGAGAAGUCUGAGGCAGCUCUUGCAGAGGGCUCUUUUCACAAGGGUGACGCAUUGCAAUCGCUCAGACUAAGUAUUCCAAUGCAGGAGACUGAAUUGUCUUCGAAAGAGCCAUCUGUGGAGAUGGAAAAUGAAGAGAAAAUUCGUCAAGAGGCUCGUCGGCGUUUGGAGGAACAGCUCAAACAAUACAGAGUACAGAGGCACAAAGAGAGAACCCAUCGCUCCACUCCUAAGUGCCGCCCAUUUAGCACUUUGGACCCAGAGCUGAUGCUUCAUCCCGAGGCUCUCCCACGAGCCAAUACUGUCGCCAUGACGAAGGAAUACUCCUUCCUGCGCACCAACGUUCCUCGUGGUCCCAAACUGGGAAGCCUCGGAAUCCCUUCCACCAAGGAGAAGAAAUCUAAAUCAUCCCGUUUGAGCAAAAUACACUCUCUGGCUGACUAUAAGUCCCCUGAUUCUGACCUUAAAAGCUCAGAGAUAUCUGGUGGUGUAGUUUCAGCAUCUGCUGACUCAUCGUUUAACUCAAUGCAUUCCACCAUCAGCUCUGUUUCCACGGUUUCCGAAAUCAGCGUCAGUUCUGAGACCAACACUCAUUUGGAAUCAUCUCAGCCAAUCAGAGACAACGUCUCUGAGGUGGAUGGUAGUGAAUCAGGUUUUAGGGCAGAUGGUAAUGACAGUGAUAGCUCCUCCUAUAGUAGUGUGUCUACUACAGGGACUUAUAAUAUGUUAACUGCAAUAGUGAACAGGCCAAAAGCUCCAUAUACUGUUGAAGGAAGGGAGAUUGCUCCAGAAGCUAUCAGCCACUUUCCAUCACUACAAGAUGUUCUGCAGGCGGCCACUGAUGAGCAGCGCAUGGAGGAGCUGCAACAGGAAACAGAGGGCAGCAUAGAGCCACGUAGUCGCCGAGACAGUUUCUCCAGCAGUGUGUCGUAUGGAAGCUCUGUGAUGGGUACACAUGAUGAGAUGCUCCAAGUGCUGAAAGAGAAAAUGAGGUUAGAAGGACAACUGGAGUCCCUCUCCUCCGAGGCCAGUCAGGCUCUAAAAGAAAAAACAGAGCUCCAGGCAAAACUAGCCACAGUGAUUGCCCAGCUGCAGGCUCAGGUGGAGCAGACCCAGGCCAGCCAGGAGAGACAGAGUUCCAUCACCUCUGAGGUCACCACGCUACGCUCCAACUGCUCAGUGCUGGAGAAGGCCAUGGUGGACCUUCAGGCCAGUCUGGAGGGAAAGAAUGCUAGCCUGGCCUCGCUGGGAAAUGACCUGCAUCUGGCUGAGCAGCAGUACCAGAGGCUUAUGGGUAAAGUGGAAGAAAUGCAGCAGAGCCUGAACACCAAGGAUAGCGCAGUUUCUGAGCUCCGGCAGCAGAUGGGAGGCCUUCAGGCGCAGCUUCACCGGGUCCAGACUGAGAGGAACGCUCUGCAGAGCAGACUGAAGACCUCACAGGCAGAGGUGGACUCGCUGCAGCAGCUCCGCAUCUGGUACCAGCAGCAGCUGACUCUGGCACAGGAGGCACGUGUACGACUGCAGGGAGAGAUGGCCAACAUGCAGGCAGGUCAAAUGAACCAGAUUGGCAUGUUAGAAAAUCUGAAAAUGGAGAAUGUUACCCUGGCUCACCAGCUCACAGAGUCGAAACAUCGCUCCAUAAAAGAAAAGGAACGGAUUGCUGUACAGUUACAGAGCAUAGAGGCGGACAUGAUGACACAAGAAGCAGCCAUACAUCAGAUACAUGAGGCAAAGACGAUGGUGGAGGAAGAUCUUCAGCACAAGCUGGAGGAGUUUGAAGAAGAGCGAGAGCAUCUGCUCAAACUAGCCAACACAACCACAACACUGGAAAGAGAGCUAGAGCAGGUAAAACUCACUCUCUCCCAAAAAGACGCCCAGCUGGAGUUGUUCCAGCGUGAGCACCUAGAGCUGAUGAAGCAGCUCACCACUACUCAGGAGAAUCUCCAAACCAAAGAGCAGGCCCUCAACCAGCUGGAGGCACGUUAUGAGGAGCUCCAGGUCCAGCUGGAAGAGCUGCAGACAGAUGCCACAGCUAAAGAGGAAACGCUCCAGUUUCUCCAGAAGGAGAAAAUUGUCUUGGAAGUGGCUCUACAAGCUGCACGUGCAGAUAAGAGCGAGCUUGAUGAAGGAGCAGAGAGGCUGGGAAUGGAAGUACUGGUGGCCUCCGAUACACUUGACCAGCUCAGACAGGAAGUGCAGGUUAAGGCAACACAGAUUGAAUCUCUACAACAAGAUAAUGGCACCCUUAAAAAACAAGCACAGAAACUGAAAGAGCAGUUCAUGCAGCAAAAGGUGAUGGUUGAAGCAUACAGGAGAGAUGCCAGCUCCAAAGACCAGCUGAUAUCUGAGUUGAAGGCAUCUAAGAAGCGUCUGGUGGCAGAGGUAAAGGACCUGAAGCAGGAGCUAUUGAGAAUGGAAGGAGAGAAGAAGAGUACCGAGCAGGAGCAUGCUCGUCUGCAGAAGGAAGUGGAGAGAGUCCAGCAGCAGAUGAACGGUCUGGAAGCCCAUCUACAUUCCGUACAGACGGAAAGAGACCAACUCGACUCUCAACUGCAGUCUCUUCAGUUUGACCAGAACCAGCUGGCAGCAGUGACAGAAGAGAAUGAAAAUCUGAGGAAGAGGAUUGAACAAAUGCAAGAUGAAGCCAGGAAGGCCAUCUCAGAUCAGAAGGUGAGAAUGAAGCGUUUGGGCACAGAUUUGACCAGCGCACAGAAAGAGGUGAAGGCCAAGCAUAAGGCCUAUGAGAAUGCAGUUGGCAUUCUGAGCCGCAGGCUACAGGAAGCCCUCACAGCCAAAGACAUAGCUGAGGCUGAACUCGACAAACUCAGAGUUCAGGUUUCAGAAGGGGGAAAUAGCCGGGAACUUCAGGCCAAGGUUGAGGCCCUGCAGGCAGAUCUGCAGGCAAUGAGCCAAAGUAAAUCCAUGCUGGAGAAAGAACUGCAGGAGAUCAUCACCCUCACCAGCACUGAGCUGGAGGAAUAUCAGGAGAAAGUUCUGGAACUGGAGGAUGAGCUCCAAGAGUCACGAAAUUUUAAAAAGAGAAUACGUCGUCUGGAGGAUGCAAAUAAGAAGCUUGUGCUGGAGCUAGAGCAUGAGAAAGGGAAACUGUCUGGUCUUGGAAAAUCCCAUAGCGCAUUGCGGGAUCAUGCCAAUAUUUUAGAGGCUGCACUGGCCAAGAGGGAAGCAGAUCUGGUCCAGCUCAACCUGCAGGUUCAGGCAGUGUUAAAGCGUAAAGAAGAGGAGGACAAGCAGAUGAGACAACUGGUGCAGACGCUGCAGGCUGCUCUGGAGAAAGAGAAAAUGAAUGUCAAAGAUCUUUCCGAGCAGGUGGCGGAGGCCAAGCUGGAGGCAGCCCAUAACCGCAGGCACUACAGAGCAGCCAUGCUGGAACUUAGUGAGAUAAAGAAUGACCUGCAGGCCAAAGAGGAGCUUGUCAAAGCUCUGCAGAAAGAGGCUAAAACACUUGCUGCUAAGGAUGAGAAGCACUCUGAGGAGGUUUCCCGUUUCCAGGAAGAGUUAGUUGAUGCUCAUGCUCAACUCCAGAUCCUACAGAAGCAACUGGACGAUGAGCUCAACAAACAACCCCUCACCAACCAAGAGGUGGAGGAUCUAAAGUGGGAGGUUGAGCAGAGGCAGCGAGAGAUCGAGACGCAGAAACAGCAGCUGGAGAUGUUGGAACAGUGUCAUCAGGGAGAGAUGGACACCCUGCAGGACACUCUACAGAGGAUAAAAUUGGAGCUGGAGAUGGUGCAAGAGGAGCUGAACAGCUCAAGGAAGGAUAAAUUCAUGCUGCAGGCUAAAGUAGGAGAGCUGAGGAACAGCAUGAAGACCGUUCUUCAGCAGAACAACCAGCUCAAACAGGACCUCAAAAACAGCAGGCUCAGAAAGCGGUUGGAUCUGAAGGGGGACACAACCCCAGUGACGCCAGUAAAAAUCCCAGACUGCCCUGUUCCUGCUUCCCUUUUAGACGAACUGUUGAAACCCUCAACAUCUGUUAAUAAAGAACCUCUUAAUAACCUCCACAACUGUCUAAGACAACUAAAGUUGGAGAUGGACAGUCUACAGAAGCAGAUGGAAGAACACACGGUCACAGUGACGUCAUUGGCCAGUGCAGAGGAAGAGCUUCACAGACUGGGUCUCCAUGACAAUAGUAGCAACGAUUCAUCCAAUAAAGAGGAGAAUGAUGAUGUAAAGGGGGAAAUAAUGCCCUCAUAAUAUACAAAGAAUCCUUUAAAGACACUUAUCUAAGAGAGAUCAGUUUUAACUUUAUUGGCACUUUUUAUUUGUUAUUAACUGCCAAUAUUUGGCUUUCUUUACCAAGAACUUUUGGGUAAUACGAAGUGUUUCGUUGUACCAUAGCUUUAUUCUUUUGGGGGUCAUUUUGGUGCUUGUUUGUUCAUUGUGUUAUUUCAUUUGUCACCAUUAUUUAUUUUCAUUUGUGUUUAAUUCACAGAACUGCUCUCUCUCUCUCUCUCUCUCUCUCUGUCUGAUCUCACCAUUUAUCUCACUUGUAAUUUCACAGUAGUCGCCCACUUGACGUUCAGCUUUGAUUUUGAGUUGUUUCCUUUCUCAUCUCAUAAGAGGUGAAGAAAGAGGACUUGGAGGGCUACUGCUAGUCUGCUUAGUCCUGCAGGAGUGAAAAAAAUCUAUAGGCAACAUCCAGGGCACAAGAUUUUACUGCAGUGUUAUAGUAACUAGUCACCUAUCUGGUCAGGUGUAUAUUUUACAUAUCUGAAUGAACAUAAUAUACUGUGUUUUAGCACUUCCUGCAUGGAGAAUUCAGCAGCUGAACUGUUCUUCCAUUCCUCUGUGCCUGUGAAUGAGCAGAUCUCUCAUUCCGUCACGGGAAAGAUGCCUGUCAGAGCUGAUCUCGAGCUGUUCCCCGCAGUACAAUGCAUCCAUAAUCAACAAAACAAUAUGACCCAUAUCUAUAAAGUAUCUUCGUAUCUGAGCAUGGAUCAGCUUUCCCCUUUCCAGAAUGCUGUUUUUCAGAGUUAAUUAACUGAGCUUGGAUCAGCAUUUUUUAGUUUAAAUUUGGGGCAUAUGAUCACACACCUCAGAUCAUCAUCUGAAGUCAACAGCGAUGCUAACAAUUUCCUGUCUAUAUACACUCUGCACUGUGUGCUGCUUUACCUGUAAGUCUCAGGUCUACUGUUUAAAGGAUAGUUCACACAAAAAUUACAAUUCUGUCAUCAUUUACUCGUCAUGCAACAACAUGAGGGUAAACGAUAACCGAAUUUUCCUUUUUGGAUGAACUUUACCUUUAAGACUAUUUUGUUGCACAUUCACUUUGAUUGUUUGACUGUUUCAGACUCGGGACAUAAAGCCCCAGGAAUGUGUUGACAUUCUUGAGGAAAUUGGAGAUUGGGAGAAAGCAGUGGCCCUUUUGUACAGGGUAAUAACUCAUGAAUAUAUCACAAUACAAAAGGUCAUCUGACAUCUGAGUGUCUCUGAUCCAUGCCAGUGGUUUGACAGGGUUAAGAUGAAAGAUCUUCAUUGCUCUUAAUGCUAUAAUAGUUUAAUGGCUGUUUGAAUUUAACUUGACUAGUUCCAUUUAGGGCUGCGCCUUAAAAUUGAUACAGAAUCCUUUAAAUAUUCCUAAAAAUCAAUAGCUUGAAUGAACCUGCUUAAAUAUUUCUGUUGAAAGAUGUGGGAAAGUAUUGUAAAAUAGGUUAUCUUGGAUGAAUGGGCUCUUGAAAGCACUGUUGAGUGUUGUACGUAUAUAUACAUGAAAGGUCUUGACUUAUAUUGCACAACUGAUAAAUGAAAGCUUACUGACUUUCAGGUAUGGACAGAUGUAAAAUAUUGUUACUUUUUGAUGGAAAGAUUUUGGCUUUGAUAUACCAUGUUCACCUAUCAAAAAAAUUCACCCUUCCAAAAUGUUCAUAGGUAGUUUGCAAUUACAGCCUUAAUUAUUGGAUAUGUUUGUGUAUAUUUUGGCAAAUGCAUUUUAAUUAGGUGUGAAGUUUUUGUCUUUCCCUGAUGUUUUCAUUUCACAAACUCAAUUUGAUAGUUAUCUGUUGAUCAGAACUUAAAUUUGUAAUUGGCUUAAACUGUUAAUAUAGUACAAGUAUGUUCUCCGAUGAUGAAUUGCUGACAUGUAAUAACAUUUACACUGCUUUAAAUGAGUAAGAGUAAGGGACAUCAAGCUUUAAAGUCUAAAAUAUACAUUUAUCUUCAAACGAUUAAUACAUAUUCAUUACAUAAGGGAGGAAACUGUUUUAAACUUAUUGAAAAUGUACUGUUUUAAUACUGUACUGACCGUUAAAAGCAUGAAUUUCUGUUCAAUGUUUUAAAAUAAGAAAACUGUUCAUGACUUUCAUAAGUUCAAUUCUUUGCUUGCCCAGCAUUUUUAUUUUAUGGGAUUUACCAUAUUGAUAAUUAUUGAGUGUAAAAUAUAAAUCAUUCUGUAAAACGAUUGCUUUUUGUCUUGUGUGUGUAUAUGUAAAUCUUUUUAAAAGCAUACAAUGAUUUAACUAAAACAAGAAAAUAAAUGA